AUGCUGGAAGCUGCUCUCACAGAUGUAGGUAUCACCUUCACGACAUUGAGCGAUCCCAAGAACGCAUCUAGGAACCUGAAGAAGUUCCAGGACGACAAGUGCACCAAGGCUCUCCUUAUGCUGACUGGUGAUGAGACUGCUUCGGGAAGGAAAUAUUCAUGA